AUGGCUGAAAUCGACCAAUUUGACAGUGCGCUGGACCUCCUCCGGCGGCUCGAUCCCAAACACACCACCUCACACCUCAACUCGCUCAUAACGCUCGUCCCCUCCCUAACCGAAGACCUCCUCUCCUCCGUCGACCAGCCUCUCACCAUCGCACGGUGCCGCAAAACCGGCCGCGACUACCUCCUCUGCGACUACAACCGCGACGGCGACAGCUAUCGCUCGCCCUGGUCUGGCGAGUUCGAGACACCACUUGGAGGAUCUGGUGUGGGUGGUGUGGAUGAGCAGGGGAAUAAUGAUGGGGCGGGGGAGGGAGCUGUGCCAAGUGAGCGAGUGAGGAAGAUGGAGAUUAGGGCGAAUGAGGCGUUUGAUGUCUAUAGGGAGCUGUAUUAUGAGGGGGGCGUGAGCAGUGUCUACUUUUGGAAUUUGGAUGAUGGGUUUGCGGGGGUAGUUCUGCUGAAGAAAGUUGCAACACCAAACACCAAAUCCGAAGGUACAUGGGACAGCAUCCACGUCUUCGAAGCCGUCGACCGCGCCCGCACCGCACACUACAAGCUCACCUCCACCGUAAUCCUGCACCUCUCGACGUCAAGCGACUCUCUCGGCGCGAUGGACCUCUCUGGUAACAUGACGCGGCAAAUCGAAUCCGACCUCGCAGUCGACGACGAUACCAGCCACAUUGCCAAUAUCGGCAAGCUGGUCGAGGAUAUGGAACUGAAGAUGAGGAAUCUGUUGCAGGAGGUGUAUUUCGGGAAAGCGAAGGAUGUGGUUGGUGAUUUGAGGAGUUUGGCGCCGUUAACGGAAGCGAAUAAGGAGAAGAGUGCGCAUAGGGAGGUGAUUGAUUCGAUGAAGAGGUAG